AUGGGUUUGGAUUCGAGACCGACGUCCGAGAUUCUUUCUACGAGAAUACGAGCGCAGGGAGUCAAGGUCCUAUGCGCACGGAUGAUGGGCCAAACAAACACGGCCAUUAUCAACUUUGAGGGACUGAAGGUUCCCUACUACGUGUACUUCAGGGGCGCCGAAUACCGGUACCUACCACACCGACCCCGAGAACAAAUAUGCACCGCCUGCUUGGGCCUGGGACACCGCGUGGAUGUUUGCCCACAUCCCGAGGAGAACAAAUGCUGCAGAUGCGGCAAACCCGGAACAGCGGACCAAGAGCACGACUGCCACGAAAAAUGUGUCAACUGCGGUGGGUCGCAUCCAGCCACCGACCCAAAGUGUCCGGCAAGACAGCGGGGGCCUCUCAACAAGGCUCACGUUCGUCGCCAGCUAAACCACCAACCUCCAGUACAACGCAGGCCUCUGACGGGACUGGUAGGACCGCGUCAGAAGCCAUCUUCGGCGUCAACCAAGGUAGAGCAUCCGCAACCCAGACCACGGCCGAGCCACAACCCAAUGGCGCGCGAGGAAUUCGCGUCCAUCACGGAUCCCACACCUGCGGAAGCAGCUGCGAUGGAACAAGGACCGGCGCCGAACCCUAAGAAGCGGAACCGAAAUCCCCCUGAAUCACCAGGUCAACCACCAGCCGUCCCGGCAGCUGAGCUCUCCGAUCCGAGCGAGCCCGCGAGUAAAGUAAGGUUGACGGAGCCUCACCCCUUCAAACCCACACCUUCGCUCACACCGCCACCCUCCACACCCCCUGAACCCAGCCCCACAUCAGAAUGCGAGCUUACCCCCUUAAAGGCACAAGCGACGUCAGACCAAACCCUAGAAAAGCUCAGAGAAGAAUCCAACGCCAAGUUGAAGGCGCUCCAAGCCGAGAUGAUGGGUGAGCUUGACAGGCGAGUCUGUGAGCUGGCCAAGGUCAUCCACAAUGACGUACAAGCUCAGAUGCGUAGCUUUGCGGAAGAAAUCAUCUCACAACAAGAGUCUCGCUUCCAGCAGAUGAUACAACCCCUCAUCCAGCCCUUGAUGAAGCAGCUGGCAGAACUCACAGCUCAGUUGCGCCAAAUCGCGCCAUCCAGAAUCAUGGUCCCCAUUUCCAACGAGUCCGUGGUCGCCAUCACAAGUAACACCGCACCCACACCAACAACGGUCAACGCGAAAAUCCUGCCCAACCCCACGACCCAGGAGCCCCCUGGCACACCUCAGAUCCAAUAUGGCAAGCCAAAAACCGACAGCCCAUUCAUCAUCAACCCUAACCCCGUCCGAGAAACAAACAACAACAAUAUGGCAAUGGAAUUGUAG